AUGGUUGCAUUUACCGAAUUGCACGGAUUGGCAUCAACAGUUGGCGGCUGCGAGGUGAUGACACUGCUGCGACAGCUCUGCGGUGGGGACUCACCCGGAACGCGAAUCGAACGUAUAUCGGGUGCAAAGAAUGGGCAGCUUAUCUGCAUGAGCAGUGGUAGUCCAAGGCAACCCAGCACACCGCAGCUUUUGAAGAUAUUGGAAGAGACGAUUAAGAAAAAGCCACCCCGAACAACAAGCGGGGUACCUGCUUCUGAAGUGGCGCUGGCGACGCGAUCGUUAGAGCGAUGCCGAAUGGCGCUUUGCGUGGACGAGAACGCGGCCGAGCGCCUCUUCAACUAUCGGACGGCCUUCAUGCAACACAUGCUCGCUAGUCCCCUAUACGCUAACAGUGCCGUUGGAAAACCCUGGGAAGUCAUUGGCAAGGUGUCUGAACGUAUACUGGAUGAGUUGCUCGUAAUGUGUGCGAAGGAAAUGGAGCUGCAGCCGAUCGUAAAAGAAAUAUACAGGAACGAGACAUCUUAG